UUUAUCCACCUCCCCACAUUUAGAUUAUUGUGGGUGAAAAUAUGGUGUGGAUGAGAAUCUACGGAGCGUGGAGGGAUGCCUGUGUUGUCUUUUGGACAAGGGAACCCAGGCAGGGUGGAAGAUGUCGGUGAGAAGGUGGAGAGUGGAGCUCACGUCACUUACUGUGUCAGUGGUGCCGGGAGGGCGGGGCCUCCGUUAGGGCCGCUGCCAGCUGCUUACAACAUAACCUCUCCACCUUCCUCCCUCAACCUCGCCUGCUGCGAUGGCUUCCCCGACUGCUGUGCCUUCCCCGACACAGCAAUCUAUGCAGUCCUCGGCUUCUCGAGAUGCUGGUGGAAGUAUACAGUGAGGUUAGCGUCGCCGGGGGACAACGCCACUGACGCAAUGGAGGAGGGAGUGGCUACUGAAUCGCGGGGCGGGACUGGGCCUGAGGUUACAGGGGUCGGCUGGUCCCUGCCAUGCAGUCUGUCUUCUCUCCUUGCCAUGAACUGUCGGGCGCGGGCAGAAGGCCUGGCCCGCCGUCUCCAAUCGCGAGUUCGAAUCGGCUCCGGGGGUACGUCGGCCUUCGAACAGACGUCGCUAGUGACCCCGGGUCCCGAGGACCACUAUGCCUCCAUGGAGUGCCGACAUUCGUCCUUCGACGACACGCCCAUGGAUUACAUGGACGAAUCCAAACUACGGCCCAUACAUGUGGUGACGUCAGAACCCACGCUUCACUUGUGUCUCCCAUCACCACCCUCGCUUGGCAACGACUCUGAGCAGGACUCCGAUGUUUACUAUGACUUCGACCUGGCAAGCCCUGAUGAGGUGCCAGAAGGGGAGGAAGACGAGGUGGAGGAGGAUGAGCAGCAGCAGGAGGGAGAAGAACACCAGAGCAGAAGGUUCGAGGCCGGGGAGAGACCGGAGAGUGGAUGUGUUACCUCAGUCACCUCGCCUGUUAUGUUCGACGACAAAAAAGAUAACGAGAGUGAGGAGUAUCAUCCUUGGGAAAAGGGAGAUCUUUUCCCUCCCGAGGAAUCAUUACUUUCCUCUCCUGACAGAGACCUUCGUGCGGUAAGACGAAUAUUAUCCAACUCUUCCUUGACUGACGCUGUGAGUUCGGCCUCAGAAUCAGGUACUUGUGAACAAACUAAAACGUGUGUAGAAAGUGAAGAAAACAAAUGUGAAGGAUGUAAGACAAGUGUGUGUAACUGUCGUUGUGAGUGUAUGUGUUUCAAGAGACACCUGGAAACCCACGAGAGCUCGACAGAGAGCGCGAGCAUUGGUCUUUCAUCCUUUACACAGAGGGAGACAGAGGGCGCUAGCGAAGCUGUUGAUAGCAGCACCGAGAGGUCAGGGUUGGCGAGUUCGUCAGUCGCCAAGACAAGGGCGCAACUGUGCAACGGUGCCCAGGGCACCCUGCCGUCAGUGCCCCACACACCUGACUCUCAAACAAGCACCCCUACGCUCACAGAAUGUGCAGGGGAUAAUGCGUAUACAAAUAGUGAUGGGAAAAGCAGUGAAGCAAGUAGAGUGAAUAACUGGGUGACGUUUGAUAAUGAAGGUCAAGACAAAGACAUCGAAGGUGACAAGUACACACAGGAGUGUCGAGGAGUGGAGGGGCAGGAGACGGGGUUUGUGGCCAGAGUGACGCUCAAAUACUCAACCUUCGGGGACGGGUUUGCAGAGGUAAAAGACUAUGACGAAGCUGAGGCGGAACCUGGGAGGGACAAUGAAAUUAUCCUGAAAACCUCCCCAGAAACCGCCGCUGGUCCCCGGGCUAUUUCUGGCUGCACGCCCCCACUCUCAGAGCCUCACCUCUACACGCCCUCUGAGGGGCACCACGCCACCAUGGAGGCGCGGGAGGAGGAGGAGGCUGACCUUCGAUUGAGUGGUGAGGUGUUCUGCAUGGACUCGGACACUGAGGAGAUUGAAACAUUAGGUGAAGAUGAGGAAGGAAGCGAGGAAGAGGAAGAAAACGAAGAGGAUAUUGAAGAAGAGACGAUAUUAACGGGGAAAUUUCGGAACAUCCGGGGCUACACAGAGAGAGUUCGCCGUCUUUCUGACGAGAAAGAUGACCUUCCUCCAGCCGUGACUGUCAUUUGUUAUGACGAAGAGGACAUGUCUCAACCUCAGGAAGUUGGUAAAGACGAGGAAGAGGAAAACAUCGUCGAGGAACAGGUGUGUAGCGUCGAGCUGGCGUCCCAGCUAUCAGAACUGCAGGUGGAAGAUGUGGGAAUUCAAGUCAGCGCAGACGAAUCCUGUGACGAGAGUGAGAAUCGCUCUUCAGAGGAAACCGAUCCUGAGAGAGUCGAAGAUUUCAAGAUGCGCAUUAAACGCUCAUCAUCACUCAAGUGCGGCAAGACACCACCAGGCACUCCAGGACGCAAGAAAAUCGUGCGAUUUGCUGACAUGUUGGGCCUCGAUCUGACCGCCGUGCGAACGUUCCUCGGUGGUGGCGUACCACACGUUCCUCGCUCUGCCUUCUGGGACUUACAAGUGGAAAAUGAAGCUGCUGCAACGGCAACUCCUUUUUCUUCGCUAUCUAUGGAGCCCAUUAUUCCAAGACGGGUGCUAACGCCGCUCUUCCAGCAGCCAGGAUCACAAAUAAACUUCCUGGAACGAGUGCGGAACCAGCGAGUGGUUGUCGAGAACGUUGAAGUCGGGGAGGACAUGAGUGUCCGUGGACUGGUACGCGUCCUUAACCUUGACUUCCACAAAAGUGUGUGCGUAAGGUACACCUUCGACCAGUGGCGCAACUUCCAUGAGGCGACGGCGACGUACGUUCCGGGCUCUUACGAUGGUCUCACGGAUCGCUUCUCCUUCCUGUUGUGGGGCAGCUUCCUACAGGACAACGGAGCCCUUGUUUUCUGCGUGCGCUACCAGACCCUGAACCAGGAGUUCUGGGACAACAACUUCGACAGGAACUACACGCUGCAGUGCUACACAACAUCGGGGAUACACGGGGAGCUUGGUCCUAGUGGCUCCCCUCGACCUCAAAACUCCAGCGCCGUACAGCAACACUACAGCGGUGGAGGACAGUCUGGCUUCUUCGGCUCCCCUACCACACCAAAUGACCCCUGGGUCACCACUUUCUUCUAGGUUCUAGUAUCGUGAAGAUGGUGAAGAUGAGCGCCCAUAAACCAUGCCUCGAGCCCACACUCCACGCCCACACCGCCCACAACACACACACACACACACACACUAGUAACGUGAAGACCAGAGGAUAGAAAGUGGAAAAGAGUGAUAAAAUAAACUGCAGGAAGCAUUUCUUUACAAAUACAAAUUUUUUGCUACCUGGAAGUGGUAUGAGCUGCAAGAGGAGAAUGGGGUCAUGCAACACGUAAUGCAAUAACGCACACUGAUCAAUUGAUACAGAUAAAGGGACACCAUACGUGUAGCUAUACUCCUGCAACCACAUACAGGUAACACCAGGUGAACCACAGGCUCAGGAUGGGCAGAAGGUGAACACGAGGUAAAACCCGGCCAAACUAAUCUUGAUAUGAAUACAUACAUACAUAGGUAUACACACGAACAAGCACACUUAAUUCAGGUCUGUCGGCCGAUGUUUACAGGCGGCAUCCAGAGCUAGAGCUCACCUAGCACCCCUUCUCAAGCACGAAUAGCAAUAUAUAUAUAU